AUGUCAACUAUUACAGAAACAGAAGCGUCGGGUCCGUCAUCGAUCAUAAAUGUCGACGAACUCCAAAACUACGGGAUUAAUGCUUCUGAUUUGCAAAAGCUCAAGGGAGCUGGAAUCUACAGCGUCAAUACUGUGCUAUCGACCACUAGAAGAAACCUGCUAAAAAUCAAAGGUCUGAGUGAGGUCAAAGUGGAAAAAGUGAAAGAAGCCGCUGGCAAGAUAAUACAAGUUGGUUUUAUACCUGCCACCAUACAAGCCGACAUAAGAAGGCGGGUGUUCGGUAUCUCGACUGGCUCCAAACAGUUGGAUAGCGUUUUGGGCGGGGGUGUUAUGACAAUGAGCAUAACCGAAGUCUUUGGAGAAUUUAGGUGCGGCAAAACUCAAAUGUCACACACUCUGUGUGUAACGGCACAAUUGCCAAGAGAGUUAGGUGGUGGAGAGGGAAAAGUGGCUUACAUCGACACGGAGGGAACUUUUCGACCUGAAAGAAUUAAACAGAUUGCUGAAAGAUAUGAACUAGACCCUGAAGCUUGCUUAGAAAACGUGUCAUAUGCUCGAGCUCUCAAUAGCGAGCACCAGAUGGAGCUUACGGAACAACUCGGGGCAGAACUCUCUUCAGGUGAAUACAGGCUGCUGAUUGUUGAUUCCAUUAUGGCAAAUUUCAGAGUGGACUACUGCGGAAGAGGUGAAUUGAACGAGCGACAACAGAAACUCAACCAGCAUUUGUCAAGACUGAACCGUAUCGCGGAAGAGUACAACGUCGCUGUUUUUAUGACCAAUCAAGUGCAAUCUGAUCCAGGUGCAUCGGCACUUUUCGCAGGCGCAGAUGGCAGAAAGCCAGUGGGUGGACACGUUUUGGCACACGCCAGUGCCACGAGAAUUCUGUUGAGAAAAGGUCGUGGUGAUGAAAGGGUAGCCAAACUUCAGGAUAGUCCAGACAUGCCCGAAAGAGAAUGUGUUUACACGAUUGGAGAACAAGGUAUCACAGAUUCCAGUGACUGA